GCUUCGCCCCAUCGCUGCUCCUCCCUCCACCCUCCGUCUCUGCUGCUCGCCCUCCCGCAAGCACACCCACCCACCAGCGGACACCGCCACCGCACCACCCGCCCCCACCCGCCCCACGUGAUUUCAAACGACUCCACAUCCCCAUCCGACUUUCGACGUCACCCCCCCGUGUCGCUCCUGAUCGAGAACAUCCUUCAUUGCCUAAACAUCCCUAUCCCAAUAUCGUGCUUACACCUCCUCGUGUAAAGCACACCAAUCAGGAAAAACUACUCGACCGCAAAGAUUUGCUGUAAGGGACUCUAGGUUGUGAGUCAUCGAUCUCUCUUGAUGUUGCGGCGCGUCGUCGGGCCCGGGAUUGAACGGAUGGAAAGUGCGUGUCACUGUGGAUGGAUGGUUGGGAGGGCUGGCGAACGGUGGUCGGGGGGCAGAGGCCAUGCUGAGGGACGAAGAGGGGACUUUUGGUCAUGCCAGCGAUCUGCUUUGCGAACGGCCGCGACUGCCGACGACGUGGGUGGUGGGGUGCCUCUGUGCUUGACGCCCGUACGAGGCAGCCCGCUUGGCAGAAGUAGGACCAUUGAAAGCGGGCACAAAUUGCCACUUGCUGGCCGUCCGUAUUCCAGCUCGGGCCUGUCCACAGUUUUCCUCAGUCGUCAUCGUCCCACGAUCGAGUUUGCCUCUCGGGGCAGCCUGACGAGGAUGCAAGGCCAAGGGAGGAGGUCGCGGUGGAAUCGACCUUUCAAAAAUGAACACUACGCGGGACGAUUUGGGCUGACACGGACAUCAACAGCUUUUAGCCACUUUCAUUCCCCAUCUUUCCCACCUUCUUCUCUGAAACUCUAUCACAAUGGGAGACCAGCAAGAGAUCGACCUUGACUCCGUCAUUGACCGAUUGUUAGAAGUGCGCGGCAACCGACCCGGUAAAGCCGUUCAACUGGCUGAAUACGAGAUCAAAUAUCUCUGUACCAAGGCUCGUGAAAUCUUCAUCAGCCAACCCAUCCUCCUCGAGCUCGAAGCGCCCAUCAAGAUAUGCGGUGAUAUCCACGGACAAUAUUACGACCUUCUGCGACUCUUCGAGUACGGAGGUUUCCCCCCCGAAGCAAACUACCUCUUCCUCGGAGACUACGUCGACCGAGGCAAGCAAUCGCUUGAAACCAUCUGCUUGUUGUUGGCGUACAAGAUCAAGUACCCGGAAAACUUUUUCAUCUUGAGAGGAAACCACGAGUGCGCCAGUAUCAACAGGAUCUACGGGUUCUACGAUGAGUGCAAGCGUCGUUAUAACAUCAAGCUUUGGAAGACCUUUACCGACUGCUUCAACUGUCUUCCCAUCGCCGCCAUCAUUGACGAAAAGAUCUUUACGAUGCACGGUGGAUUGAGUCCCGACUUGCAAAGCAUGGAGCAGAUCAGGAGAGUGAUGCGACCGACAGAUGUCCCUGACACUGGUCUUCUCUGUGACUUGCUUUGGUCUGAUCCCGACAAGGAUAUCACUGGAUGGAGCGAGAACGACCGAGGUGUCUCGUUCACUUUCGGUCCGGACGUUGUCUCUCGGUUCUUGCAAAAGCACGAUAUGGACCUGAUCUGUCGAGCGCACCAGGUCGUCGAGGAUGGUUACGAGUUCUUUGCCAAGCGACAGCUUGUCACUCUCUUCUCUGCCCCCAAUUACUGCGGUGAAUUCGAUAACGCGGGUGCCAUGAUGAGCGUAGAUGACACUUUACUUUGUUCAUUCCAAAUCCUCAAACCCGCAGAGAAGAAGCCGAAAUACGGCGGUUACCCCGGUGGCCGGCGUUAGUUGAUUUCUCUCUCCCCGCUCACACCUGUCUUGAGUUCUUCUACGUUCUCCCCAUCUGUGUACAAUAAGCCGCCAAAUCUAUGGGAAGAGAUUCUUUGCCGCCUCCCGUAUCCACGCAUUACCCUAGAGCUCCAUCCACCUUUCCAUCCUUUUUAUCAGUCUGCAUCUGGAACGGCUGGCGGCCCAGCUCCUUUUUCCUUUUCUUCUCUCAAAUUAUUUUUCUCGUCUCUCUCGCUUUUCUCUCCCUGCAAAGCUGGUUGAAUGAUAUGUAUGGAGAUUU